UUGCUCUCUGUUACCCCCAUUAACACCGGUUCCCCUCCUCCUUCUCUCUCUCCUCCGUCGCUAUGCACUCCCUCGCCCUCAGGAGGGCGUCCGUCGCCGUUAGGGCGGCCACUCCUUUUAUUCGCAGCUAUGCCACCGCGAAGCCUGCUGCCUCUGAGGUGUCUUCUAUCCUCGAGUCCCGCAUCGGGGGUGCCUCUUUCGGUGGAGAUGUGCAGGAGACUGGUCGUGUCCUGACCAUCGGUGACGGUAUCGCUCGUGUUUAUGGCUUGCGCAACGUUCAAGCUGAGGAGAUGGUGGAAUUCUCAUCUGGUGUUCGUGGCAUGUGUCUCAACCUCGAACCUGACAACGUCGGUGUUUCCGUCUUCGGUAAUGAUCGUGCCAUUCGAGAGGGCGAUACGGUCAAGCGUACAGGACAAAUCGUUGAUGUUCCCGUCGGGCUGGAGAUGUUGGGCCGUGUGGUAGAUGCACUGGGCAACCCUAUCGAUGGAAAGGGCCCUAUCCAAGCGAAAGAGCGCCGCCGUGCGUCGCUCAAGGCUCCUGGUAUCUUGCCGCGCCGCUCCGUCAACCAACCCAUGGCUACUGGCUUGAAGCCCAUUGACGCCAUGGUCCCCAUUGGUCGUGGUCAGCGUGAGCUGAUUAUCGGCGAUCGUCAAACUGGGAAAACUGCUGUGGCGCUGGACACCAUUUUGAACCAAAAGCGCUGGAACGAUGGUAAUGACGAGAAGCAGAAGCUGUACUGCGUUUACGUUGCUGUCGGACAGAAGCGUUCUACUGUGGCGCAACUCGUACAGACUCUCGAAGAAAACGAUGCCCUCAAAUACUGCAUCAUCGUUGCUGCUACGGCGUCGGAGGCGGCUCCUCUGCAGUACUUGGCACCGUUCUCUGGAUGUGCGAUGGGCGAAUACUUCCGUGACAACGGCAAGCAUGCUCUGGUUGUCUACGACGAUUUGUCGAAGCAAGCUGUGGCGUAUCGUCAAAUGUCCCUACUCCUUCGUCGUCCUCCAGGACGCGAAGCUUACCCUGGUGAUGUCUUCUAUCUUCACUCCCGACUGCUGGAACGUGCUGCCAAAAUGAACGACAAGUUCGGUGGCGGGUCUCUUACUGCUCUGCCCAUCAUCGAAACCCAGGGUGGUGAUGUAUCCGCUUACAUUCCUACUAACGUUAUCUCCAUCACGGACGGUCAAAUUUUCCUGGAGUCAGAGCUGUUCUUCAAGGGAGUUCGUCCCGCCAUCAAUGUCGGCUUGUCCGUGUCUCGCGUCGGUUCCGCUGCCCAGACGAAGAUCAUGAAGAAAUAUGCGGGCUCUCUGAAGCUUUACCUCGCUCAAUAUCGUGAAGUCGCUGCCUUCGCACAGUUCGGCUCGGACCUCGAUGCCUCUACUCGCUUCCUGCUUAGCCGUGGUUCUCGUCUGACGGAGCUGCUCAAGCAAGGGCAGUACCAGCCUCUGGCCACUGAAGUCCAGGUUCCUAUCAUUUAUGCUGGUGUUAACGGUCUCCUGGACAACGUCCCGGUCGACAAGAUCACCCAGUGGGAGACUGAGUUCCGCGAACAUCUCGCUACUAGUCAGGGCCCCCUGUUAGAAGAGAUAGCAAAGGGUGCCGCCAGCGAUGAACUGGAGGCCAAGAUCAAGAAGGUUGUCACCGACCACGUGUCGGCUUUCAUCAAUGCCUGAGGCGUCGUAAACGUUGUGUUUGCAACUUAAAAUUCUCUACCUCGUGCCCCAAAAUCCCAUCGUAUUAUAUAUCCUUGUGGUGUUCCCAAAUCGAGAGUAGCCAAUUAAAUGCCAACCACCGAUAGGCACAGGUGGUAACACUAACAAAUGCGGAGUGUGCAAUUGCCGAACGUUGAUUAGGAGAGCCGCUCUGUAGAUCAUGUGAAUAGAGUGCAUUCAA